AGGGCUACUCUCUUCCCCCUGCAUGUUCUGAUGAGCCUGGGGGUAUGAACCAGACUGCCAACACUGUAGCAGUCAAGCACAUUGAAACACCUCAACCUCCUCGUCUUCAGGAUAGCCUCAACCCCCGUGCUGGAAGCCAUGUCUUGCACACAGAGAACAACUUUGAACAGGAAAUAUUUUCUGGAAUAGCCAAACAGGUACAUCAGCGUGAUCCACGGAACCACGAUCGCAUCAUCAUGGACAACAAUUCAGAGUACCAAAAGAACCUUCAAGACUUUUUCCCCUGUGGUCCAGAUAAGUGGACGAAGGCUUCAGCAGCAACCAUGCACAAUGAGACACAAGGAAUGCGACGGGUGGAGAAAGGUGCUCGGCGGUGGGUGGACCUGCCUACCACUGCUGACUAUGCCACAGAGGUGGGUCUGAGACCUCCUGACUACAGCGGGAAAGACACAGAGGUGCCCAGACAGCAACCCCUCUACAACCCUAUGCCUGAGCUCUCCUCCUUACGCUACGCAGUGGAGGGAUGGAGGAGCGCCUGGAAGAUCAGGUGGUCUCCUUGUCAUUAAAUAUUGAUGUUCUCUAAGCAUUUGUCAAUAUCACUGUGCUGUUAAGCCUAAUUUAUUUCACAUCGUUACACUACAGCAUGCCCAGACAUACUCCAAAGUUACUGUAUAUUGUCACAGAAGACAAGCACUUCAGUUUGCUCUUUAAUCUGAGGAGGCUGUUCCUUCCUGUUCUAGAGAUCACCUGGCAGAGUGUGACUAUUGAAGGGCUGAAGAGGGCCCUUAAAGACCUGCACUACUACGUUCGCCUGUCAGCCAUAGCCACUUGUGCAUCAGGGGCAGUGAACAGACCGAGGGAAGAGCAACAUCCCACAGAUACAGGUCAGUAUGGCCGUGUGUGGGACAUCCAGCCAGUUCCUCAGGAGCUCCAGCCACUUCUUCUCCUGGCUCUCGACGACCCUGUGAAGAGAGUUCAGAUGGCAGCAGCAGUGUGCCAGUAUGCCAUGGGCACGCCAGACUCCCGAGCCCGAAUAAUCCUCCGCAAUGCACUACAUCAAGACUCUGCAGGUGUAGGUGCAGACAGCUGGGUGGCAGCACAGUGCCUGGCCAUGGAAGGGGAGCACAGUCGGACAGUCAUUCAGAGACUUCUCUCCCAGCACUUCGUCAGUGAGGUUCAAACAGAUAAUGAACAGUCAGCCGCUCUACUUGCCAGCAUCAGUAGCAAGACAACUCUAGUUCACUCUCUGCUGGCUGAGGAGUUGAAUUGUGCCAACUGGAGGACCAGACUCAUGGCUUGCAACACUAUCUCCCAAUUGAAAGGCCCAAUUAAUAAGGACCUUGCAAACAAGUUGAUCUACCUGAUGUGGAAUGACUGGAGUGGUAAAGUGAAACAGACUGCAGCCCAGGCCCUGGGGAAACUAGGAAUGGGACGAGAUGUGCACAACGAGCUGAGAAUGAAGCUAGAGGAAGGUCCCGCCUCCUGGAAGGUGGAGGCUCUCAUCCUCAUAGCUCAGCUACAGAUCAUGACCGCCAAGCUGCUGCCACCCUUCCUGAAAUGUUUCAAUGACAACUUUGUGGCUGUGAGGAAACAGGCCUGUCUGACUGCUGCAGCUCUCAUUAUGAUGGACAGCAUGGUCUUGAAUCAGCUGAUUCAGCUAACGCAGAAUGACCCAGCAUGGGAGGUUAAAGUUGUUGCAAUCAGUGCUUUAGGGAAGAUAGGUUGCCUCACGCCCACCCUCCAGGACCUCCUCCUCUGGGCAUUACAUCAUGAGGAGGAACCCCAGGUACGCAUCGCUGCCUGUGAGGCCCUAAAGAUCCUUAAAGUGAAGGGACCAGAGCUGCAGCAUCUCCUACAGGAGCGGUUUGUACUGGAACCCCACCCCCAGGUCCAUAGGCAUAUACAGGGGCUCCUCAAAAACUAUGGCUACAGUAUUGAAGGAGACAAGGGCAUGGUCCACAAGAUCAAAGAUCAGGUUCAGAGGCUAUGCACCAAGCGCAUCAUCACAGACAAAGUGCUGUUGAUGGAGAAGCUGGAGGACAUGUACCAGCAGCAGAGGAAGUAUCUGGUAAAUGAGAGCCAGCCGGACACUACGCCAAUAUCACGGCUGCUGCAGGAACGCUACAACAGGAUGAAACAUUGCCCUUCCACAGUAAGGCCGACUCACUCCUCAGAUUCCUCUGUGACUCAGUCCUCCUCUAAAUGCAAGCUUGAAUCAAGCCCUGUCAACAAAUCCUCUUCAUCUGCUUAUCAAGAUCAUCAAAACUCUGCAUCAUGUGACAGUGGAGAAACCUCAGCACUCCAAGAAAAUGAAGAUAAAAUUUCAUAGAACCAUGGCCGCAUAAAAUAAAUACAGUAUUUGUUGACUAAGAAAUGCAUGUUUGCUUUAGUGGUACUAGGGGAUUUUUGUAGUUGUAAGGGAUUGUGAAGGGGUUGAUUUACUGUCAGGUAGUGGUGUUAUUGAUGGAGCUGUGCUGCUGGCUCCUCCACUGCUGAACCUGUUUGCAGUUGUUCCACCUCUGUCACCUGGGCCAGGAGCUGAGCUACACCAUUGUUCUAAGAGAGAGAACAACAUUUCUGUGGGAAAUACUGUAGGUCAGAUUAUGACUCUGAUAUGCAUAUUGGAACAUAUAUAUUGCGCAUUACAGGGCCACAAAAAUAGUUGUGAUGAGCUUGGGUAUGUAAACUCUGUGGAGGAUAUACAGUAUAGUGCUCCUUAAUAGAAUGGACACCACUUUGACUGCGACACAAUGUACGGGUGUACAGUGCAAUAUGUAUGUUCUAUUCGCAUCUGACCGGUAUUAAACAGAUUAAGGGCCACAAUAAUAAAAGCAACGACCCUGGGUGUGUAAACUCUACAUUUUAAUAUAGUAUAAGUAUAUCCUAUCGAUUCUUUUGCAUAUACAGUGUGUACAGGACAGGCCUCAUUCUAAAAGAUUCCAAAAAUCAUUGACCCCGACCCGGAAGUGCUUAGUUAUUCUUGCUGGCUUCACAGUGGUCUGGCUACCUGCCUCCUGGUUAGCUAGAUAACUAACUAGCUAGUCUUGGGAUGGCUGCAGAAAGAAUCAUAUCAGCAGUUUCAGACUACCCAGAAUUAUAUAA